ACACUUACUGGCUAGGGGCUGGUAAGGGGGCGGUGGUCCCAGCAGCAGGCAUGGGGGUGGCGGUGCGGCCCCGACUGCGGCACUGGUUCAGCCACUCAGUUCCUCUCACUAUCUUCGCGCUGCUGCUGCUUUAUCUCAGCGCUCGGAGCCUAGGCGCCCGUUCGGGCUGCGGACCCGGGGCUCAGGCCUGCGUUCCAUGGGGAACCGCGCCCUUCCAGGUCCGGCAGGAGUCGGGACCCCUGGAGGCCCCGGAGAGGAAAGAGCCUCCGUGUCUGGCCCCUCGGGGGACGCUGGGCCGUAUGAUGAGGCCGUUCCACGCCAGUGUGAAACCCGAAAGGGAUGUGAGGCUGUCGCCGUACCUGGCGGGAUGGAGGGCACUCGUCGAGUUCCUGACUCCUGGUUCAGUCUUCGCCUUCGCCACUAGGGAGGCCUUCACCAAGGUGACAGCCCUGGAGGCUCGGGUGCACGACCCGGACGCGGAGCACUACUCGUCUCUGGCGGCCAUGGCGCCGUGGGAGCAGCGGGCGGGACUGCUGGAGCAGCCGGGGCUACCCAAGAGCAUGUGCGUCAUGCCUCACACCAAGCAACUGCUCAGCGCCACACGGCCACUCCCGCACUGA